UCAAAUGCCGAUCCGAAGUGGGAGUCGAGUGUAUUGUAGUUGUAGGUUUUGUGUUUUUUGUAUUAAAUAAUCGUAUUUUUAAGUGAACUUGUGUCUAAAAUCGUGACAAUAAUGUUCGUGAAGUAAAUAUUGGAAUAUAAAGUCAUCAAUUUGUAAUAAAAGCUCAAAACAUGGAUGGACAACGUGCUUUGGAACUGAUGCCUCUAUUGCAAGAACGGCUUGUGAUUUUGACCGGUGGCCGUGACAGGCGUGGAGGACCCGUGUUAUCAUUUCCUGCCAGUCCUCGCAGAGAACGUGCUAAACCGGAGGAUUAUAAACGCCUUUUGCAAUAUCUUAUGUCCAUUCCCAAUGAUGAAGCGAGGGCUUUAGGUUUUACAGUGUUGGUCGAUAUGCGAGGAGCCACUUGGUCUACAGUCAAGCCUAUUUUAAAAGCGUUACAUGAGCAUUUUCCACCUGGAGUCGUUCACCAGGCACUCAUUGUCAAACCGGAUAAUUUCUGGCAGAAGCAACGGACCUCACUUGGUUCCCAUAAGUACAAAUUUGAGACAAAUAUGAUAAGUAUAGAGGCCUUGUCCAAAAUAAUAGACACUUCGCAGUUAACGGCAGAUCUAGAUGGUACGCUAAGUUAUGAUCAUUCAACGUGGUUAGAAAUUAGACUCGCCGUGGAAGAAUUUGCGUGGCAAGCCGCCGACCUCUUGGACCGUUUAGAUGACUUACAAGAAGAUCUCGCACGAAAUGAUUUCGCCGACGAUGUGAGUGGAGCCAAACACAAAAUCGAUCUUCACAAUGAGAUGAAGAAAAAAAUUAUGAAAGCUCCGGUGGAGGAUAUUGAUGUGUUAGGUCAGCGUUUGCUUCAGAAAAUAUGUGGUGAUACGGGUCAGGGAGGCGGCGGCGGUGGAGGAGGCGGUGGCGGUGGCGGAGGAGGCGGCGGUGGUGUCAGAGAGCCCGAAUCUCCAAAUAGUGCUAACUCAGAUACGACUGAUAUAAAAAAUCUAGUUCUGCAAAAUUUGGAGGCGGUCCACACAUCGCAGCAACAUCUACUUCAGCUCUGGCAUCAAAAGAAAUUAAAAUUAGAUCAGUGUUUUCAGUUGAGGUUGUUUGAACAGGACUGCGAGAAAAUGUUUGACUGGAUCUGCCACAACCGCGAUGUGUUCCUUUUAAACUACGUAGAAAUCGGCCAUACUUACCAGUUAGCUAAGCAAUUACAAGAAGAACACCAACAUUUUACAAUGAGUUCGAUGAAUGUAUAUGUUAAUAUUAAUAGAAUACUUUCUGUGGCUAGUCGGUUAAUCGAGGGCGGGCACUAUGCCGCCACGCAUAUUAGGUCUGUAGCAAGCAGGCUGGAUAGAACAUGGAAGGAUUUUGCUGCAGGGUUAGAUGAAAGGACAGCAGUGUUAGCGUUAUCAGUGAUUUUUCAUCAUAAAGCUGAACAAUAUGUGGAUAACGUGCCUAAUUGGAAAUCUGCCUGUGAAAAUGUUAAUAUUCCUUCGGAAAUAAUGAUGCUAGAAAAUUCUAUUCACCAACAUCAAAAUUUAUACGAAUCGAUGUGCCAAGCUUAUACAGAGGUUUAUAACUCGUACCAAUCACUUUUAAACGGAUUGGAUGUGAUGUUACAAGUGUGCCAUAAUGUACCAACCGCUACAGAUGGAGAAGGGAAUCAUAGUACAAAUUUAAUCAACGUUCAUAGUACCAGUAAGAAACUUCUAUAUCAAUUGGAUCAUUUGGUGCAAGUCUGCAAUCAACCAGGGAGUGACAAGAAACAUGGUGAUGGAAGCAAUUAUGAAAAUAGACCCGGAGGAAAUCCAGCUGCUGAUUAUAGCGAAGGUGCUAGUCAUGUUUUAGCCGUAAUUCAUCAAAUUCUAAAUCACCAUAGAGCACUUGAACAAAAAUGGCAUGCAAAGAAAAUCAAAUUACACCAACGUUUAGCCUUAAGAUUAUUUCAGGAAGAUGUUAAACAAGUAUUAGACUGGCUUUCUAAUCACGGUGAAGUAUUUAUCAGAAAAAACACUGGAAUUGGAAGAAAUCUUCAAAAAGCCAGAGUGUAUCAAAAAAGCCACGAACACUUCGAAAAUGUAGCUCAGAACACCUACACUAACGCCGAUAAACUCCUCGCAGCCGCAGAAGAAUUGGCUCAUACCGGAGAAUGUGAUCCGGACGAAAUCUAUUCCGUUGCUCACGAGCUGGAGGCCCACGUUACUUCAUUUGCCACAAGGGUCGAACAGAGACGUCGACGAUUAGACCUCGCUGUGCUCUUCUACACCCACGAAAAGGAACUUAGCAAUUGGGUCGACGACCUGAGACAAGAAUUGCAAAGUGAUGAAAGCAUCGCUGAAAGCCUAGAAGCCACCGAAAGGCUGUUGGAACAAACCGCCCAACACAGGGAUCAAAGCUUGGAUGCUUGCGCCUCCACCAUCGCCCAAGGAGAAGCUCUGCUGCAGGAAUUAAGGUCAAUCGGUGAAAUGGAUUCAACCGGUUCGAUAUCAGCGGUCGAAUCAGCUCUUGAUAGAUUAGCGAAACAAAGGAGCGAUCUCGAGGAGCUUUGGGCCGCCCGCAAACUCCGAUUAGAUCUUUGUUUAAGAUUGAGGCUUUUCGAGCGAGAUGCUCUCGAGGUAUCCUCGCAACUCGAAAUGUGGUCCGAAGAGCUUCAACACAGCGAAUUGACCCGAGAUAUUGCGAAAGCCGAACAAUUCCUUCGUCUCCACAAUGAGAGCGUCAGUCAAAUGCAAAACACAACGUAUCAGGUGUUACAACAAGGCCAAGAUCUGAUCCAAGUAUUUGAAAAUUCUGGUAUUUGUGUGAUGGCUGACGCUCAGUACAAUGCCCAGACUCGUGUGCAAGUUUUGUUGGAAUUUUUGCACGACCGAGAGGUUGAUCUCGAGGACUUGGCCGAAGUGAAAAGGGUUAAGCUGGAGCAGUGUAUUCAGUUGGGGCAGUUUCAGAAUGAUGCCAAUCAAGUGAUAAGCUGGAUACGUAAUGGAGAAUCGAUGCUGAUGGCCAGUUUUACAAUUCCUAAUAGUUUGGCUGAUGCUGAAUUAUUGAAGAAGGAGCAUGAGCAAUUUCAAGUUGCUAUAGAGAAAACUCACACUUCAGCGGUGCAAGUUAAGUACCGAGCCGAUGCACUUAUCAACGCUAAUCACUAUGACCCGCAAAGUAUUCGAGAGAUAUCAGAAGAGGUUACCAAGAGGUGGCAACAAUUAGUCACUUGUGCUGAAGAGAGACACAAGCUUGUCACUGCUAGUUUGAAUUUCUACAAAACGGCUGAACAAGUUUGUUCGGUGUUGGAUAGUCUUGAAAGGGAAUACCGCCGAGACGAGGAUUGGUGUGCAACAGGCCAACCCAACGUAGACAAAGCCACUUCAAUUUCGCAAUUAAUUAACAAGCACCAGGAACAAAAGGAAGCUUUUCUCAAAGCUUGCACAUUGGCACGAAGGACAGCUGAGACGUUUCUAAAAUACACAACUCGCAGUCUACAAUUUUACAAUUACUCUAACACAACUAGCAAUCACGAAACUCGAGUAAAAGGCAUCUUGGAGAAACUUCUCAGUCAGGAGAACAAAGUUCUCGAGCAUUGGACGCAGCGCAAGAAACGCCUCGACCAGUGUCAGCAGUUCGUGCUCUUUGAACGCUCUGCAAAACAAGCAAUUGAAUGGAUUCACGACACUGGAGAAUGCUACUUGACUACACAUGCAACAAAUUUAGGAAACAACAUUGAAGAAACCGAGAGUUUGCUUCGCGAACACAACGAAUUCAAGGGAACUGCCAAAGAGACAAGAGAGAGAGUUAAAUUGUUGAUACAGUUGGCGGAUAGUUUGGUGGAGAAGGGACAUGCUCAUGCGAGCUCGAUUAAGCAAUGGGUGGCGGCGGUGGAUAAUAGGUAUAAGGACUUUAGUUCAAGGAUGGAGCAGUAUAGACAGCAAUUGGAGGAUACGUUGGGAAUUCAAGCGGAGGAGAGCGAGAAAAAGGAACUGUCUAUUGAUAGGAAUUCGGAUCCCAGCUUAGAGGCGAAGGUGAAGGAAGCGGCGGCCAAGGAUUUGAAAGAGUUAAAUGAGGAGAAGAGGAGAUCUGCACGCAGGAAAGAAUUCAUUAUGGCCGAACUUCUCCAAACCGAACGAACCUACGUGAAAGAUCUUGAAACCUGCAUCAAAUGUUUCUUGAAUGACAUGCGACAAGGCAACAAUUGCCCCACUGCCAUUCACGGAAAAGACGAGAUUAUUUUCGGCAACAUCGAAGAAAUACACAAUUUCCACAAUUCGAUAUUUCUCAAGGAAUUGGAAAAGUACGAAACGAUGCCUGAAGAUGUUGGUCAUUGUUUUGUAACCUGGGCUCAGAAAUUCGAUAUGUACGUGCAUUACUGUAAAAACAAACCAGAAUCGAACAGUCUUUUGGUACAACAUGGAGGCGGCUAUUUCGAGGAAUUGCAAAAGAAACACAAGGUGGAGCAUCCAAUUGCGGCUUAUUUGAUCAAACCUGUACAGCGAAUUACCAAAUAUCAACUGUUGUUGAAAGAUCUUCAAUCGUGUUGCAACGAAGGACAAGGAGAAAUUAAAGACGGCUUAGAAGUAAUGCUUAAUGUACCAAAGAAAGCAAACGACGCCAUGCAUCUGUCACUCGUCGAGGGCUGUGAUGUCUCUUCAAAUAAACUCGGAGAAGUCGUUUUGCAAGAUGCCUUUAGCGUGUGGGACCCCAAACAGUUAAUUAGGAAAGGGAGAGAAAGACAUAUUUUCUUAUUUGAAUUGUACCUGUUAUUUACUAAAGAGGUUAAAGAUUCUGCGGGGAAAGUAAAAUAUAUUUAUAAGAACAAGCUAAUGACUUCAGAGUUGGGAGUUACCGAGCACAUGGAGGGUGACGAAUGCAAGUUUGCCGUCUGGACAGGAAGAGCCCCAAUUUCGGACUACCGAAUCGUGUUAAGAGCUUCCUCUCUUGAAACGAAACAACUGUGGGUGAAGAAACUUCGAGAAGUUAUCCAAGAAACUUACUUCAGUGGCGCUUUACCGUUGUCUUUACCCAAGAGUCCGGCUAAAUUGAAACCUCACAGUCAAAGGUCCAGCCGAGACUUGGAAGAGUGCAAUUCGUUAGAUGAAAGCGUUGAGAAUUUAGACAGAAAUUCCCUCACGUCGUUUGGAUCAGGCAAUACGACAGACUCUGAUAAGGCCGGUGUGUUAGAAAUGACAUGGGUAGUCAGCGAUUUCACAGCAACUUGUCCUCAAGAACUGAGCGUGACGAAGGGCCAGCAAGUUGAAGUGGUAGAAGUAUGUUCAUCGAAGCCAGAUUAUUGUUUAGUUCGAAUGCCCACACGAGGAACAGAUCAUGAUUCGUCAGUUCCCGAGGGACUUGUACCAUUAGCCGUUCUCAAACAGCCACCAGCUCCAAGAAGUUCACCUUCCAGACGCGCUCCGCUAGACCACGAACUCGACGCCACAUCCAACGAUACCACAGGAACGGUCAAUACAUCCUCACCAGUGAACAAACGUCGAGGAUUCAGUGGGCGGAAAUGGUUGCCACCACCACUUCGAAAGUUGUCACAGGGAAAAGUGGAUAAAACACAACCUACAGCAUUGGAACGACCACCACUCAAGAAGACUGGCUCUGAUAAAAGAAUUAAGGUGCCGUCUGAAAUGGGCAACAAGCCCUCAGUCUCUGAAGGUGAAGAUGACGAAGACAGACUACCUUUAUCUAUAAAGAACACAAAAUCCCUCGCUUCCGAAUUAACAAAUGGAGGCGGAGAAGAUGCCGACGAAGAAGUGGAAUUGCCACCUCCCAUGAAACCGAUCCAGGAGCCCAUCCUGGUCACACCAACUCCACCUGGAGUUCCCGAUAUCGAAGAAAAUCCAUGCAAACGGGUUUCUAGUCUAACUUUAAAAUCACUAGAGGGUGCGACGUCUGCAGAUUUGGCUGAAAUUGAACAGAUUGUUAAGGAGAGAAUGGAACAACACUCUGAAAACCAAGAACGCAAUUCAGGUUUGCGCGAUACGAAAUCAUCUGAUGCAAUUUCCGAUUGCGGUGAUCAACCACCAAAUACUCAUCGCGAAUUAUCGGCCCGAUGUUCUUCAAACGAAGCGACGGCGUCGGCAUUUAGCGGUGACGAAAGUGACAAACCGUCCGAAGAUAACGUCGACAGUGCGAAAAAAACCGAAAGUCUGUUAAGGAAAAGACAGUUUGUGUUGCAAGAACUCGUCGAUACGGAAGAAGCGUACGUGCGCGACUUGUCGUUAAUUGUCGAUGGUUACAUCGCUACAAUGAAAGAUCCCGAAUGCGAGAUUCCAAUGCCCGAGGACCUCAGGGAUGGGAAAGAUAAGAUGGUCUUUGGCAAUAUCGAAGCCAUAUAUGACUGGCAUAAAGACAUUUUCUUGAAAUCGCUCAAGAAGGCGAUUGAGAAUCCUACGGAGUUAGCACAGUUAUUCAGGAGAUAUGAACGCAAGCUGCAUAUGUAUGUGGUUUAUUGCAAGAACAAGCCGGUUUCUGAAUACAUUGUCUCGGAGUAUUUAGAAUCCUACUUUGAGGAACUUAGAGUCAAAUUAGGACAUAAACUCCAGCUGUGUGAUCUGUUAAUCAAACCAGUGCAAAGGAUUAUGAAAUAUCAGUUAAUGUUGAAAGAUAUAUUGAAAUAUACGGAAAGAGCGGGGUUAACGGCUGAAGCUGAGCCACUUACGACUGCUUAUCAAAUUAUGGUGGAUUUGCCCAAAGCAGCGAAUGAUAUGAUGGACGUUGGGCGAUUGCAAGGGUUUGAUGGCAAAAUAACGGCGCAAGGGAAGUUACUCCUACACGGCCCCCUCACAUGCACCGACGUCCAGGGUACAGUAGUGGGCAAAAACAAGGACUUUCAAGUAUUUUUAUUUGAACAGAGUAUAAUUUUGUCCGAAGUCGUUGGCAAGAAAACCCAGUUCAUCAGUCCUCAGUACUUCUACAAGACUCACAUCCAGGUGAAUAAAAUGACUUUACAUGCGGAAGAAGAUGGUUUCGUAUUGACUUCAACCGAUCCUAACAAGCCCCCUUUGGCAAUUUGCUGUCAAGCUGCAACACAAGACCUUCAAGAGCAAUGGUUUUCAACAAUUAAGAAUAUCCUGCAAACACAAAGAGACUUUCUUAAGGCCAUCCAAAGCCCAAUUGCUUACCAAAAAGAGCUUACUAAAGAAGCUUCUGUGUCUGACGCGUCCACAUUAUGGGAUCCUAGCCCUCUUCGGAAAACCGUUUCCAUUCCAAUAACGCAACCUUCGCCAGAUUCCAGUAAACACCGAAAAAAUGUGCAUUACAUUCAUAAAGCAAAUACCAUUGGUAUACCCUCUGAGAGUGACCUCAGUGACGCAAGUGACAGUAAAGUACCGAAUCACAAUAAGCCAAGACUGAAUUUCUUUGAAGGAUUUAGAAAUACUUUGAGAUCGAAACAUAAAAGCGAUACGACCGCAUUAGAGAUACAGAAAGACAGUGACAAGAAUGAUAUGCAGAGGAGAUGGUCUGAGGCUAACCAACCUACGUGCGACAAUCACGUCAUGGCUCCCGGAACCCAAGCGCGUUUGAUAUCCGAAUGGCCUGACUUAUCUCUCGGCGAAGUAGUUACCAUAAUACGUUACGACACAAGCCAAGGCUAUUUAGUCCACACUCAAACCCACCCGGAAGAAAUGUGGCUACCUGCCUACGUCUUAUCAAACUACAACCGAAAACCAUGGUCCUUCCGCUUCAAAAAAUCCACACGCCGAAUCAUGGACAGUUCCUACCAAGACUCCAUAAUACCUGAAAUCACUCACCCGGAAUUCCGCGACAAACUCCGGGACGUCACCGUCCAAUGCGGCGCGAAAGUCGUCCUGAAAUGCCGCGUGAAAAACUGCGGCCGGAACCCAAAAAUCAGUUGGAAGAAACUCGAACCCAAUAUGUGCGUUCUAAGAAACGGCCGCUUCAUGUUGGGAGAAGAAGACGAGGGCGUCGCUAUGCUCAUCAUAGAUAACGUCAAAUUGUCUGAUUCUGGGACGUAUUCAGUGACAAUAUCAAACGAGGUUGGAUCGUGCCAAAACUCGGCGCUUUUGACCGUCACCGACCCCUACCCUGCCCUCCAAGAACCCAAAAUACAAGUGAUGUCGUGCUCGAGCGUUCUCCUGGAAUGGGAAAGCGAAUUCUAUCAUCAAUUUUGGAUCGAAUAUUGCCAGUUAGGCACCGGCGAAUGGCUUUCCCCGAAUAAUAACCAUGUAAUCAAUUCCCAAAGGUACACGGUAGAAAAUUUGAUUCCUGGCGAAACGUACAGUUUCCGGAUAAUUGCCGUACAAAAUAAAUUAGUUAGUCUGCCCAGUGUUGCCAUUACAUUACCGGUCGCUGAUAAUCUAAAAUGGCAGCAAGAGCAGUUCAAAAACAGGUACAUCGAACUAGAGGAGAUCAGCAGAGGGCGAUUUUCGAUAGUCCGGAGAGCCAAAGACAGGGGAACCAAUCUAGAAGUCGCCCUUAAGCAAGUCACGAGACGGAGACAAUCGCAUCACGUAACUCAAGCCGAAUACGGGCUACUUGCAGGAAUGCAGCAUGUUAACAUUAUUCGAUCAAUGGCGUUGUUUGAUAACGCCCCGCAACCCGGAAUUGAUACUAUAGUAUUAGAACUAGUCAGAGGACCAUUACUGUUCACCUAUCUUUGUGAGAAGGAAGAAUACACGGAGGCUACAGUAAAAACGUACAGUCGACAGUUAAUGUCCGCUCUAUUGUGGCUCCAUCAGAAAGAUAUUUCACACUUGGAUAUUAAGCCGGAAAACGUAAUGGUGGAUUUGUCGGGCUCCUCCCCGCUUUUAAAACUGGUGGAUUUCGGUGACUCAGUAAACACUUCGAAAAGCGUCAUUUUGCCACCGGCCUGUCUCGAAUUUGCUUCUCCUGAACUUGUAUUAGGUCAGCCAGUUGGAAAACACACAGACUGUUGGGCCGCCGGCGUUUUCCUCUAUGUACUACUCAGUGGAGUUUCCCCUUUUCUGGAUGAUUCAAUGGAAGAGACUACCGCGAAUAUCCUAAAAUGCGACUACUGUUUUCCCGAUGAUUACUUCAAAGAAAUUUCAUCCGAAGCCAAAAACCUCGUAAAUAACCUAUUGGUAUUGGUCCCGUCGCAACGGAUAAAUAUGGAAGAGUGUCUUAAAUCAACCUGGAUGACGACGGAGCAGAAAACCGUCGUCAUUCCCUCCAGUAAACUGAAAACAUUUAUGCUUCGUAGACAUCCUAUGAAUUUACCUACGACACCCACUAGUCCAGCUUACUUUAAUGAACAAAACGUGUGCAAGACUUGAUGGCACGGUUUUAACGUGAUCCGGAACGUUACGGAAUGUGAUAUUGUUUUAUUAGUGUUUUAAUUGCAAUUAAUUACUCGCGACAUACAUAUGUUUUAAACGUUAUAAUUUUAAUUUUUACCUAGCAUUUCUAGUUUAGGAAAUUUUAUUUCAAGUGUGAUUGUUAAAUUAUUGACGCAAAGUGUAAAUAAUUAUGAUAUUUUAACUAAUAAUAUUAUUGCUAUUAUAAAUAUCGCAGAUUUGUAAAUAAAGAGACUGUGCAGUUUUUUGCAGUUA